AUGGGGGUGCAGAGCAACGAGGGCACGGUGAUGUUCUCCUCCAUCGCGUUGCUGCAGCAGAGGUUCAGGGAGUUGGAUAGGAUCAGGGAGAAGCGGGAGGAGAGGCUUCUCCAGAUGCUCGCUCCCCGCACCGACCGCCCCGCGGUCCCCUCCCCCGCUGGUGCUGUUCCGAGGGCGACGCCGGUAAAGUGGUUCUUCCACCCGGAGCUGCUGUACCCAUGCAGACCGCUGCAUGACACCGCCGCCGCCGCCUUGUUCCCGGGUGUGACGUCCACCGCCUGCGAGUGCAAAAACUUCCAGCUCCGCGGCGACCCGCUCGCGGUGGAGCUGUGGCCUAGUAAGGUCCACAAGCAUGUCUCCGGUGAAGUCGACGUCGACACCUCGCUGCACCUCUAGACUACUACUACUGCUACUGAAAAAUGUGGCAAUAUCCUAAGCUGUUAACCUUGCCAGUCUCAUCGAUGUUGCUCUAGCUGUUUUUUGGUAGCCUACUACUAUGUUUUCUCCUCUUCUUUUGUUUGUAACAAGGGGUAGGAGAGUGAUGGUGAGCUGUAAUUAUUACCAAUAGUACGAUGGUCCUGGUUUGUUUUCUUGUCA